AUGCCAGACGUAACUAGAAGCAAGCACUUCAGAGCAGAGGACAAUUCAAAAAAUACUCGCACUAUGAGAAAAUCAGCGAGUGCAGAGGGAGCAGAAAAAGAAGCAAAUUCUAAUCAUGCCCAAAAAAGAGUUAAGAAAGAAAAUUCUUCAACCACAGAGAACAUUCAUCCCAACGGAACAGAUUCUGAAAGUAUUCCUUCUUCUGGGAAGGUUUCUCCACUAUCUUCUCUUCUUACUAAGGAAGACUUAGCAGACACAGAAAAGGCCGAGGACGGUUCAGAUAAGCUCAAUCCCAAGCAUGCAUUUAUGGCAGCGGUGAGUGCAGCACUAGCCAAUCCCACAGAGAAAACUCUUGGGGAUGUCACGCGGCACAGGAAGAUUCUUCAAAAAAAGAAAGAAAUGCGUGCUACGCGGCUUCUGAUUCUUGCGCUAGCAAAGGUAUUUUUCAAUCUUUUACCGUCGUACAAUAUAAGGACACAGGACCACAAGUACAAUGCAUCCUCUAAGAUCACCAGUUAUGAGUAUGCGCUGAUGAAAGAGUGGGCAGAGUAUUUAAAGCUUAUUACACGGUCAAAGACAGAAGAGUCAUAUGAAGCAGCCGCAAUUCUACUUCCCCAGGCGAUUCUGUUCAAUAAGAGUAUGAAGCUGAUUGGGAAGGUCAUUAAAGGCACACGGCUUAAGUCCAAAAUAGGCAAAAAGUGUCAUUUAACUCUUGUGCAGAUAUUCAGCUGUGACAGAGGAAAUCGUACAGUGAAGGUUUUAGAGGUAAUGGAUCAAAUAGCAGAGAAUCUUCCCAAGCCAACGAUUCGAGCACUUUUCUACAUUCCGGACAGUCUUCUGACAAAACCAGAGCGAACGCACAAGUACUCCACAAGCGAAAUGCGAAAGCUUUCUGUGGAGGAGAAGGCAAUUAAAAAAGAGGCGCAGUUACACUUUCUACCAGAAGAGAUAAAAGCGUGGAAGGGCAUAAGUGAGAGGCUUCUUAGGAUAUAUCUUCUGAUUCUUUCAUCCAAGCCCAUUCAGAAGCACUAUUACGCCCUUACACAGAUUCAGCGACUGUCUAUUCCUGGUCAUUUAAAGGAGGGUGUAUUCACUCUACUCACAGAAAAGGCCGCAGAGUUAAAGGCCGAAAUGACUCCAAAGAAUGCAGCGAUUCUGUGUCUGUGCUAUAUUACGAUGCACAAGAUAUAUGGAGAUGCAGAGUAUUCUUUCCAUGUGGAGGAGAUGGAGAAGAUUCCAGUUGAUGUGAUUGUGCAGAUGAGUGACAGCGAGGCAUCUAUUUUAUAUGCAGCGAUUAUGAAGCUGGAGAAGCAUUCAGGCCGGCCACGUCUGAUAAAGAUGCUUCUUGCACGGGGGAUGCACCGGGUGGACAAGAACCUUGCCGCUGUGGUUCGGCACUUAAUGCCUCGAGAGGGUGCUGCACGGGUAGAGAAAGAGUCCGAGAAUGGUUUCUGGGAAAUGCCCAUUUUAGUUGGAAAGAGAAGGGGCUAA